AUGCCCCGACGGGACUCUGGCGAAUCAGACCUGAAAGGCACUGAUAAGACACGCAAGCAGCGAUGCAAGUCUGCUUCGGAGAAUGUCAAAAGCUUUGAGACAUGGGCGACGUACCAAGGUUGCGAAGAAGUGGCAUUUGACGACAUUCCAAAGGCCUUUAAGGCUGAGGUGAAGGAUGUCUUUGAUGUCAAUGCUCAGCUUCCUCGGGAAUGGCUGGACAAGGCAAUUGGUAAAGCAACCCCGGAGUUGUUUUCUCCGAGAGUGAGGGCGGCAGACUGCAAGGAAUUGCUCAGCGAUCUGCAGAACGUCUUCAGUGCAUGGACGCGUAUCAAGAAGAUGCGAGAGUCGAGCAGGAUAUGGUCCGAAGCUGACUAUGUUGCAAAUGUUGCCCAAUGCGCAAUUUCGCUUCCCCAGCCUCUCCCCCAUUUAACGAUCACGACCCAAUCCGUGCGGGUGCUCAAUGCAAAGACAGCAUCCCCGGAUUGUGCGCUCUUCAUCCCGGCACGCCUGAUCCAGCAUCUAUCGCAUGACGCACGCUCAGCGUACAAGGUCCUCAAGGCACAUGGCUCCAUGGCGAGCUCGGGCAGUGUGGGAGGCGAGUCCUCCUUCCGCUUUCAGAGCACCCCGUGCACGAAGCUGCCGGAGAAUCCGUCUUUCGAGUUCGCAAGCACAUUCUGGGAAGACAAGAAGCCGGAUGGCGACGACCUCUGCUGUGAGGCAAUUGCAUGCGCUACAUGUAAAUACACCUAUCUUCGGCCUGGUCUGGGCACAGGGGACAGUAAGAGCCCAUGUCGAUUGGUGGACAGUUAA